CUCUCUCUCAAUAUGUGAAGAAAAGAAGAAAGAAAAAGAAUAAGAAAUGGAAGUCAGUAGGUGGAUUUGUGGGCUCUUCAUUUUGAUUUUGUUUGUGGUGUCCAAUGUCUCUGCUUCUGGAGUAUUCAGGGUGUAUCACAGAUUUGCAGGUCAGAAGCACUAUCUGAGCGAUGUCAAAGCUCAUGACUGCCGCCGCCACCGUCGGUUUCUGCUCUCCAACAUUGAUCUUCCCUUGGGUGGAAAUAGCAAUCCGGCAGAUGUUGGGACUUACUAUACCACACUUGCAAUUGGGACUCCUCCAAAGGAUUAUUAUGUGCUAGUCGAUACAGGAAGCAACAUUCUUUGGGUCAAUUGCAUUGAAUGCGACAAUUGUCCAACAAAAAGCAGACUCGGUCUAGAGCUCAAGCCAUAUGAUCCAAAGGCCUCUGCGACUGGAGAAGUGGUUACUUGUGAUGAAGAUUUUUGCUACCUCGCUUCACAGAGUCCUGUUCCUAGAUGCAGCAGAAAUAUGUACUGUGCAUAUGGCGUGGAGUAUCAAGACGGCAGUGCAACCACUGGAUACUAUGUGAGAGAUGUUAUACGAUAUGGUCAUGUGUCUGGAAACCUACAAACUACACCCUCUAAUGGGACUGUUGUCUUUGGGUGUGGUGCUGUACAAUCUGGUAAUAUGGGUUCAUCUGAUGCAGUACUUGAUGGAAUACUUGGUUUUGGACAGUCAAAUACGUCCAUGAUAUCACAACUAGCUUCAGAAGGGAAAGUCAGAAGGAUGUUUGCUCACUGCUUGGGCGGUAUAAAUGGUGGUGGAAUGUUUGCUAUUGGACACGUUUUGCAGCCAAAAGUAAAAACAACUCCAUUGGUACCAGAUCAGCCACAUUACAAUGUCAAUAUGGAGGGAGUUGAGGUGGGUGGCGUCAUUCUCAAAAUUCCUAGGGAUGUAUUUGAGACUGGGCCAAAAAAAGGGACAGUAAUUGAUAGUGGUACAACCUUAGCCUAUCUUCCUGAGAUCAUCUAUGAGCCAUUAAUUAAGGAGAUUUUGGCUCAGCACUCUGAUUUAAAAAUACAAAUUGUCCAGAAGGAUUUUUUAUGCUUUCAAUAUUCUCAAAGUGUGGAUGAUGGUUUUCCUACUGUUACUUUUCAUUUUGAAAAUUCACUUUUGCUGGUGGUUUAUCCUCAUGACUAUUUAUUCCAGAUCUCGGAAACUGAUUGGUGUAUUGGUUGGCAAAGUAGUGGGAAGCAGUCCAAAGGUUCCUCGCACUUGACUAUUUUUGGAGAUUUAGUGUUAUCAAAUAAGCUUGUUCUAUAUGACCUUGAGAAUCAGGUCAUUGGGUGGACUGAAUACAAUUGUUCUUCGAGCAUUAAACUGCAAGAUGAACAUUCUGGAGCUUCAUCUAAAGUGGGUGCCAAAAAUGUGUCUUCUGCUAGGGGCCUGGAUAUGGGGAUGUGUAUAAUAUUGUUUCUGACCAUUAUGCUGCAUGUUCUAUUAUAUUGAAAUCACUGCAACUCAUGGGCUGUAUGGGUUCCAUUGAUUUUGUUGUAAAUUAUAUUUUUGUUUCAAUGAAAAUAUCAUGCUUGAUA